AUGGGGCGGCGCACAAUUAGCCCAGCGUCGUCCAGGGUAGGGGAGGGAAUGGCCGGCAGGGAUGUAGCUCAGUUGGUAGAGCAUGGCGUUUGCAACGCCAGGGUUGUGGGUUCGAUUCCCACGGGGGGCAAGUAUGUAUAACUGUAAGUCGCUCUGGAUAAGAGUGUCUGCUAAAUGACUAAAAAUGUAACAUGUAAAUAAUAUUUUCCAGGCUGUUUGUAUUUCAUCUGCAAAGCCCUAGAAAAUGAUUAUUGUUACACCAAAGGGCUGGUGUUGAAGGAGAAGGUCUUUGAAGAGCAGCCUUGUUUGAAGAGGGACUCCAUGCAAAUGUUCCUGAAGUGGUACGGCCCUACUUCUACCCACCUGUCUACUUAUCAUAAAUGUUCGCUAUCAAACAGCUGUCCUUAUGGUCUUGAUCUUGACCUCAUGCUCCAUGUGGAGGUGGAUGAGGAGGAGACCCAGACCAUUGUGGAGGAGGCAAUGGAUCUACGAAGGCGCAGACAGGCUCUCUCUGCCCGGGAACCCAAACCAGACCUGGUGCUGGUCCAACCCAUCCUCUGUUUCUCGUGAGUCUUCACAUUUACCCCCCCCCCCUUUGUAGUUUCAGGGUAGACAGUUGCUGUGAGUAUUCAAACAUGUAUUUGUUUUUCAUUGUGAUUAAGGGUAGGAAUGUAUUGUUUUAAUUGACAAAAAGCAUUUUGGACUUAUUCUCAGGUGGAAGAAUGUGGGAGAGAUCCUCCUUGCCAUGUACAGACAUCAGACCAACUGCGAGCCGCCACGCCCAAGCCUGGGCCACAGGAUCAACCUGUCCCAGUACCGCGACCCCAACUGCCUCCAGGCCUUACCUCCUGAGCCCUGCCCUCCUGUCAGUGAGAUCCAGACCAUCCCCAGCAGCAGACCCAGCUCCUCCCUGCCUCCACUCCCUGUCCCUGAGCCAUCAGCACUGUCCCAGCCCAGCCCUGUGGUUCAGAUCACACAGAACCAGACUGUAGAGGUCACUACAACUACAGCCCCCUCUGAUGAUCAGUAG